AUGAAGCCAACGAACAUAGACGCGCAGCGGAUCCUUGCGAUCCUGCAGGAACUGAAGGAGAGGCUGACAUACAUGAGUGUCGUAACGCCGCAAGUGUUGGAGGGUCUGCAAUCGGAUGAAGGGAGCAACGUCCGAGAGCUGCUUGGUAGAAGGAGGUUCGGUUGUUUUUUCCGACGCUGAUGUUGCGAAGAGAUGAAUGUUUUGCAUGAAUUAUUCAUGACAAGAAAUAAACACACUACGAUUUUUAUUGCUUUCGUGGGUGCUGUGUGAUCAUGAAUCAGGUCCGGAAACUUUCAAGCUCUUCGUUGACCAGAUUAUGCUGGAGGAAAAUUACGUGUUGUCACACACGCAGCAGGACCAGGGCUCGGAAGCUGCCGAGAACGGCGGCGGAGGUGCGGAGCCAGAGGGCGAGGUAGAGAUUUUUGCUGCGGUGAAGUAGAACUACGCGCAAGACAGUGUCAAUCCUGAUUCCUUUCUCUGCAUGACAAGAAUUAUAUGUAUAUACAUAGAAAAAGAAAAACACGCACAUUGUCAUCACGCUCAGGCUCGCGAACUCCUGGACCGGCUCUCGAAAAACUCGGUAGAUCUGUGCCGAAAACUCAAGACAACAAACGUUAUCACGGAACUGCGAAACUUUCAAGAAACAAGACCACAGCAGGUAUUGUACGAUACUUCUGUUGAUGCGUACUUCAACUUCUAUUCUAGCAUGCCUGCUUGCAUCAAGUGUUAUCUGCGAUGCAAAAACUACAACUCUACAGGUCCUCCAACUCAUCCGCACGUUAGCAGACAUGGAAGAGCUUACGCUUAAGCGCCUGGCUACCACUGUUGAAGAGGAAAGAUCACGACAAGAGCUGAUUGAGCACUACAAAUCACGGGAAGAGGCCUCGUUGAAGAAGAAAGCGCAGUUAGAAAAGGACCUCGCCGCGGUGAGAAAGGACCGGGAGAAGGCACAGGCAAGUAGAACGGAGGUUUUGACGAAGUUGAAAGCAGAUUUGUUGGAUGUGAAGGACUCCGCGGACCACAAAUCAAGGGCGCUGAAAGACAAGUGAGUUUCGAUUUUGUCAUUCGGCUUUUGCGACUCACACUCACCCUCACGUCAAUCUUGUCAUGUUUGGGGUUAAGGAAAAAUAGACAACACAAAUCAAAACACGAGCAAAACUCCAGGUAUAACGGCCGCAUGCGGGAGUUGCAAGAAAAAUAUCAGAAGAAGGAAGAGCAGUACACUGCCGACAUCCAGAAGUUGAGAGAUCAAGUCAGAUCACUCGGAAGUAGCUCACAAGAAGACGAGGUGGGACUAAGAAGAAAGAAGAAGAGGUAUCAUGAUGAGAUCGGCGCUUUAAAAAUACAUGUGAUGCAAAGCGUAUACGCGUAUGUAACUCGUCGACUUCUAGUGUCGACCGAUGUGCGCCGCGUCAAGACGCAGUACUUUCGUGCAAGAAAGGCAAAUUCUGUCAUGCAGAAUACCACAUACACUUUUCCACAUAACAGGUUUGAAACCGAUAUUGAGGAGCUGGUGCAGAAUUACGACUCCGUAUUCCGCGCAGCCCACGAAGAGUACGAAACGUCACUAGUAGAAUUGAGGAAAGAGCAGAAGGAGCUCUCGGAACUCGAAGACCACUUCCGAAAACUGGACUCCGAGAUAUGGAUUGCAAAUAUGUCUGGGUCUGGAAGAGUGGAACUUGUAAUGCUGUCUGCGGAUUCUAAAAAUGUCUGCGUUGCAUGAGCAGCAAGAGGAGUCAGUUCUUGGCACGCAGAGAGGGCAUUUCUCAUGCGUAAUUAGCAUCAAGAAGAUCUCAAAAAAUCUGUGAUGCUAGCACCAGCAUCACAGACCUCGCGGGUCAUGCAAAAUGUGUAUGACAACCUCCGACUCUUCCAGACCCAGACAUUUUUGCAUUUGAUACGAGAUUCGGAGGAACGAAAUGGAGACAGAAAUGGAAUCUCUGCGCGACAAACUGGUGGAGGAGGAGAAGGAGAGGCAGGCGGAAGCCGCCAGCGUGCUGCAGGGAUUCUGGAAGGGUACAGAUUUAUUUGGUUUUUUGGCAGGCAAAUUGCUGAUUCUGAAACUGAACCGGAAUCCAUGUUUUAUUAUGUUCUUUUUCAUGUGCGUUUUCAUUUUCAAGUAGUACUGCUCGCAUGACAAAGUAAAUUUUCAAUGCUUCUGCUGCAACACAAAGGUAUGACCGGUCGUCUGGAAUACCAGCAACUGAAGAAGAUGAAAAAAGGAAAGAAAGGCAAGAAGGGGAAGAAGUAGUUGGAAGCCGUGCAGAGGAGAUCAUGCGCAUACGGGAUGAUGUUGAUGGACGGUGGUGUGGAAUUUCAACCUGCUACUUCAUUCACUCUUUACGAGUUUGCUGCGCGGCAAUUUUCUUCCUCAGAUUCCAUUCAGAAGUUUUCGUAUCACUUACUUUACAUUACUCAGAAACUUAAAACACAGAGCAAGUUUGGGCUUGUUUUUGGAUUUAGAAAUGGUCAGUGCAAAAGAGGCAAGUUGAUGCCAGUGUAGAGCGCUCUUCAAUGCCUUACGUCAACAAGAGCGUUUCCAUUUACGUACAAAUUGCCUCGUGCAAUUAGCUACGAACAAUGAUAAAGCACGCCACUACCAGUACUACAAUGAAAGUAGUAUUGGCGCUGAUGUUGCCGCUACAGGGAACGACACAUGCGCCUUAUCUCGGCUCAACAAUUGUGAGGUUUUCUUUUCAAGAACGGUCAGGACUGCGACUGCAUCUGCAACCGCAAAGAGAUUGGAUCACGAGAUCACUGGCUUUUUUUUUGAUAUUCACUGACAAGCCAAGAAGAAACUCGAGGCAGCAAGAUUACUGUUUCGAUGUCAUGAGAUGACAGGACGAUGAUUUAUUGUGCACACGUGUUCGAC